AUGCCUCAACCUAACACCAACUCCGCCUUUCAUCCUCUCUUACCACCUGCUAUCCCAUUGGCUGUCAAAUCACCUUACUUCUCGGCAUGGCUUGCGACCGGCAAAGAAGGCGGUAAUGGUGGCUACCUAGCUGGCCGCUGGGCUCAAUUCUGGCCAAUCCAGUUCCCCGAAAACACGUUCGCUUACCGGCUAGGAUGGGCCGGGCUGAUCAGAGUCAACGGAAAAACGUAUGAAUUUAUGGGCCAACCCAAUGAUGAUGAUAUUGGAAAUGGAAAUCUUCGUGCUACCCAACUCACAUUCAAUUGUACCCCAAGUCAAAGCGUUUUCAAGUUCGAAGCUGGCGGAGUUCACUUCCUGGUAACCUUCCUGAGCCCGUUGCCGAUUGCGGGGGAUCUACUCCGACAAAGUUUACCAUUCAGCUAUAUGUCAAUUGAACUCCUUGAUGAGAAAUCCUCAAAUAACGACGAAGUCAUCGUUUAUACCGACAUUCAAGCCGAUUGGGCUUCUGGGGAUCAUAGUGUGAUUGCAACUUGGUCACACAGUGAUUCGGGCAAAUCCUUUAGUUAUCAAGUCGGCCGGAAAGAUCAGUUACUGUUCACCGAAAAAAAUGAAUACGCCGAAUGGGGACAGGCUAUGUAUGCUACUCAAAAGAUAAAAGGCCUAACAACAGCCUCUGGUACAGCCUCGGCGCUUCGAAAGGAGUUUGUUAGCCAAGGAAAAUUGAGUGGAACUCAGGACACAGAGUACAGGGCCAUCUCAGACCGAACUGCUGGCUUUGGAUAUGCCGUACCACUCGCUCGAGGAGGUCAACCUGCAGUUUUUGCCAUUGGACAUGUGCGUGAUCCAUACGUACAGUCGAUUGAGAAGGUCCCAGGGGGAGACAGUCAAGGAACCAUGGUACAAAAGUGGGGUUAUUGGAGAAGUAAAUUUAGUCAAACAUCCGAAGCCAUCAACUUCUUCCUAGAGGACUACCCGAAAGCCAUCCAAUCUGCACGCGAAAUUGACAAAACAAUUACAGACGACGCUAAAAGACUUGGAGGAGAUGAUUAUGUUGCGAUCGUUAGUUUGAGUGCUCGUCAAGCUUUGGGCUCCAUGGAACUCACAAUUGGCAAGGACUCCGCUGGAAACUUCGAUGUUUCUGAUGUGGCUGCCUUCUCAAAAGAAAUAUCUAGCAACGGGGAUAUGAGCACUGUCGAUGUCAUCUUUCCUCAAUUCCCUAUCUUCGCUUACCUUGAUCCGGCUUUGGUGAGAUUGAACUUGGAACCGAUCUUUAAGUAUAGUGAAAGCGGCUUAUACCCGAAUAGAUGGACUGUACAUGAUUUAGGUCGAUACCCCAAUGCCACUGGUCAUAAUGAUGGAAAAGACGCAUCGAUGCCAGUCGAGGAAGCAGGAAACAUUUUAAUCAUGGUCCUCUCCUAUUAUCAACUGACGAAGGAUGUAGAUUGGUUGAAAAAACACUACAACACUUUGACACAAUGGGCAAAAUUCUUGAUCGAUGAUGGCUUGGUCCCCGCGGAGCAAUUGUCCUCAGACGAUUUUGCUGGUAAACUUGCCAACCAAACUAACUUGGCUUUGAAAGCGAUUGUCGGUAUCGGUGCAAUGUCUCAGAUCGCGCUAGCUACCGGCGACAACGACAACGGAUCCAAGCUGAGAUCAACAGCUGAGGAUUAUAUCAGCAAAUGGGUCAAAUACGCACUGGCCGAUAAUGGCCAACAUACCAAACUAGCUUAUCAGCUCAAUGAUUCUUGGGGAACUCUGUACAAUUUAUUUGCAGACCGACUGUUGAACUUGAAAUUGGUACCACAAUCAAUCUAUGAAACGCAAGAUAAAUUUUACCCUUCGGUUUCCAACGAUUAUGGUGUUCCAUUAGACAGUCGGCACACGUGGGCCAAAACAGAUUGGCAGAUGUUUGCAGCAGGCGCUUCAAUAAGCACUCAGACACGAGACCUGUUCACGGCUAAAUUAGUGAAAUAUUUGCAAGCCAACAAGGUCAACGCUGGAUUUCCUGAUCUUUACGAAACCCAAACUGGAGAAUACCCAGGAAGGUCAAGCACUUCUACUUGGAGGAUUGAAUUCAUCAAUCGACCUGUUGUUGGUGGACACUUUGCAAUUUUAGCAUUAGACAAAGCAAAUCAAGCUAACGGCGUCACUGAAUUUCCAUUUAAAAACCGGGCUUCCUAA